CCAUGGCGUUGACGUAUGGAAUGUCAAAUAGAUUUUGAUUUGCAAAUUCCAAGCAAAAAAGGUACACAAAGGGGAUUUUAAACUUGUUUAAUUUAUACUAAAAAAAAAUACAAAUGUUUAAUUGUGCCUAAUUAAGUGUUAUUUGCUCACUCAUCUUAAAGAUGUUAUAUUGGACAAAGACUGUGCUGAUAGGAGUACAAUGAUUACGACCUCAAAUCUAAUAUUAGAAAAUAGGAAGUAAAAUUGCAUAUAUUCUUGCAUUGCAAUGGGAUUUUGUAAGCGUAGACACCUAUUUCUUACCUUAUGUGUACUGCAGCUGGUAACAGUUGUUGAGAGACAAGUCUUUGACUUUCUCGGGUUUCUUUGGAUAUCACUGCUGGUAAACUUCCUGCAAAUCAUAUUUACCAUAUUUGGAUUCUUUGGGGCUUACCAGUAUAGGCCAAAGUAUAUAAUAUCGUACCUGUUAUGGCAGCUAGCUUGGAUUGCAUGGAACAUAUUCCUCAUAUGCCUUUAUUUAAAUGUAGCUGGACUGGACCAUGAGACCAAUAAAGUGCUCAAACUAGACUAUAAGAGUGACAGUUGGUGGAAAAAAAAUGGCCCUGGCUGUAAAGUGGUUAAUGUCGAAGAAUCCAAAUAUGACGGCUGCCUGAUUGAUUAUGUACAUAUCGAAGUGUUUCAGUCAGGGCUUCAAGUUGUUUUAACUGUAUUUAGUUGCAUCAUUGGAACAUGUUUAAGCAGGACAUUCUUAGAAGAAGAUGAUACUUCAUCACAUAAAUCGACACGUAAAACAUCAAAGCAGAGCAUGUCACUAUACUCAAUCGAAUUCAGCUCACAAAUGGAUAGACAUGGGGAUAGUGACAAUGAUUUGGACCAAUCUCCUUCAUCACCAAAACCAAUGACUCCUCGUAGAGUUAAAAGAAGGAGCGUCAUGCAGAGGGGUUCUUCAGGGAGACACAGUACUAGUAGUAGACGUCAAUCUCACGCUCGAUCUUCCACAAGAAGUUCCAGAAGGAUGCAAAACCCAGUUACAAAACUUCUAGAACAGCAGCAAAAGUGCCAAGCAUACGAAAGCGCUACUAGCCAGUCCCCUGUAGAAUCUCCAAUUCAUCAUAACCACCACAACUAUUAUGGCAAUCCCAGUACAUUAAAUCCACAAAAUUGGCAAGGACCCAUGGGUCACACGAACCCAUCUUACCAACAGUCAACUACCUCGUUAAACGAAGACUUCGACGACUUGUACAAUAACAGGCCAGCGUCAGUUAGAUCUAGCUACUCGAAUUUUCACGGUGCCAGGGCUAACUAUUCACCUACAAAACAGUACCAUCACCAUCACAGUCAUGCUACACCUCAAGUACCUCAAAAACGAAGUAAUUUGAGGAAUAGUAUGAGAAAUAUGGCUUUUAUGAAUAAUGGCCCUCCAGCUUAUACUGUUCAGGCUGCUAUGCAGGUUGAUAACGAAACUCCUAUGUAGAUAAUGAGUAUUUUUGAUAGUGGUUUAUUAGUUUGGAGGCUUAAAUUGAUAAUUGAGGGUUCUACCCAGGCAGCACAAAUGUGUCCUAUGAAAGGUUUCCUCUUUUUUUGGAAAUAUAAAGGUCCAAUGGACAUCCAUUAAUUUGCUCAAAAAAUCCAUAGGAUGAUACAUAUGUCACAAAAGUCGUGACAUCACUCGGCCAGAGGAUCACUGAAUAAUAAGACAAAUAAUUUGUCAAUGUAAAGGGAUAUUUAAUAUAGCAUGUCCAAUGGACUUCUACAUGAAGUCAUUCAAUUGAUGAGGUAACCUUUGUCUCAUUCGUAUAAUACAAUUUCUUAUAAUCAUUUUCACUUACCAAUUUGCACCAAAAAAACUCUUCAUAAUUGCUUUGCUCCAACUAGCUUUACUUUAAAGUUUAUUCAUUGGGACUAAUUAAUUUUGCAACUUUAAUUUUUGUUUCCGUUACCAAAUACCGUAAUACAUGUAGUAUAUUGUUAACAAAAUAUAUUAUUAUAUGAGGUUUUUUAAAUCUUUAUUUACAAAAAAAGAAAUUACAUUAUGUUUCGAAGAACUUAGAAUAUGGAUUGUGAAUGACAUGUGCAGUAUAAGAAGUAUAAAAAUUUAUCGGACGUAUUGCUGUUAUUGGCAUUUUUAUUAAUAAAAUGUCGAAAAUAGAUAAAAAUAAAUGCAUAUGUGAACAUAUUUCUUGUACUUCCAAAGAGUCUGAUAAAGAGGUUGCAUUAUUUUAAUUCCACAAUAAAAUUCCGGGUAUGUAAGGUAUUUUUAAGAAUAUUAUUCCAACGGCUUUUCAUUUUUAUUUGUUCAAUAGCUUCUUUUUUUUUAAACCAUGGGAAUAAUAAGUUCUUAAAUCCAUUACAAGUUCUCAAGAAAAUCUAUGCACUGAACUCAAGUAAACUAAUUAUAAUUUCCAAAGCAUUUUUUGAAAAGUCAAUAGAAUUCCAUUGGACAAAGUUAUUUUGAAGUCCGUUGGAUUGCUCAUAAUUAUUAUCCAUAUAGGAUGUCCAUUAUUGAUCCAUGGAUAUUUCGACUUGGUUUAAAAUACUGGAUAUUCAUUGGAGGAUGUCUGCUGUCUGGGUAGUCCUAAUUUCUUAAGGAAAUGCCUGAACAUAAUAUGUUUCCAUUAAAUUUGAUAUUUAAGCCCCAUAGAGCAUACAAAUGUCCCUAAAAUGUUUGACAAUUGUUUCUUUGUUAAUGUAUUUUUUGUACCUGUUAUCUUAUGGCUAUUCUAAACCCAAACAUAUCAGUUAACAGGUUUUUGUCGUUAAAUGUGGUUUACAGAAGGAGGGUUGAAAAAUGUUCUUGUCCGAAUUUGGUUUUUGCUGUGCCCAUAAUAUGUUAUAAGGAAUUUCAUGCAUUUAUUGGUAAAUUAUUUUAAUGUUCAGGUUAGCAAUGAAAAUUAACUUACUUUUAAUAAAGUUUCAGAUAAAAUAACUAGAGGUUAAGGAUUCUUUUUUGUGUCUAUAACAUACUAUGGAGCACGUUCUUUUGAAUCAAGGUUUAUAGUUACUGUUAUAUUGCCAUAUUUUUUUAAAUUUACCUUUUACAAACCGCAAGUGCAAUAUUUAAAAAAAUCCUUCCAAAAUGGCAUAAGUUUAUAUAUUAUUAUAUGCUUGCUGGCAUAUCAUUAAAUGAUGUAGAAUGUAUUAAUGAUUAAUCAAUUUUAGCAAGGUUAGUAUUUAUUUAUUAUAUACUUUAGGCAGCUUUAUUCUGUUAGUAAUUAAGUUUUAAUGUUGUUCAUAGCCUGUUAAUGUCAAUGUGAUAUUUCGUUAGGUGUUAUUUAAGUGUUUUUUUUGCCAAUAUUUACCGAUAGGGAAUAACUGUUUCUAAAUUGGAAGACUGCGUCGAUUCAGCUCAAACAUAUCUAUUUUUAGAUGAAUUUAGUUGUUUUUUUGACAAUAACCAAACUUAAUGUACAAUAUAGAAAAAUAAACACACUUUCAUUUUAGAGAUUUAUAGAAGUACAAAUCUGCUCUGUCCUGUUUUUACUGGAUCCAUUGUAAUGUGUAAAUAUUGCUUUUAGGUUUAGGACUUUUUUACCAAAGUAUUAGCUAAAAAUCUAUUUUAUUAUUACUAUUGUAGCUAAAAAUGUAUUGAUAUAUCAAUAUAGUGAAAUUAUAACUCAA